AUGCCUCUCGUGACUCCCGCGAAGCUGGCAAGCCUGCAAAGGCAUGCCGAUAAUGUUCGCAAUAUUUGCAUUCUUGCCCAUGUCGAUCAUGGAAAGACUUCCCUAACAGACGCCCUAAUCGCUACCAACGGCAUCAUCUCCCCAAAGAUGGCCGGCAAGAUCCGAUACCUCGAUUCAAGACCAGACGAGCAACUCCGAGGCAUCACCAUGGAGUCCUCGGCCAUUUCGCUCUUCUUCUCCAUGCUCAGGAGACCGUCUCCAGAUGCUGCUCCCGAACCCGCCGAGUACCUCAUCAACCUCAUAGAUUCGCCGGGCCACAUCGACUUUAGCAGCGAGGUUUCUACCGCAUCCAGGCUAUGCGACGGCGCUGUGGUGCUCGUGGACGCUGUCGAAGGCGUCUGCAGUCAGACCGUGACCGUACUACGCCAGACCUGGAUGGAAAAACUAAAACCGCUUCUCGUCUUCAACAAGAUCGACCGCCUCGUGACCGAGCUGAAAAUGACCCCCAACGAAGCCUACGUUCACCUCGGCAAACUGCUGGAACAAGUCAACGCCGUUCUGGGAAGCUUCUUCCAGGGAGAGAGGAUGGAGGAGGACCUCAACUGGCGCGAGAAGAUGGAGGAACGCGUCAGGGCCGCCGCCGCCGGCAAGGAGUCGUCGGACUCUUCCGACCACGUCACCGAUUCCGGCGAGCUGCAGUUUGAAGAGAGAGACGACGAGGACCUCUACUUUGCCCCGGAGAAGAACAACGUCAUCUUCAGCAGUGCCAUUGACGGUUGGGCCUUUACCGUUCGCCAGUUUGCCAGCUUGUACGAAAAGAAGCUCGGCAUCAAGCGUGGCGUCAUGGAGAAAGUUCUCUGGGGUGGUUUCUACCUGGAUCCCAAGACAAAAAAGAUCUUGGCCCACAGGCACCUGAAGGGGCGAAACCUGAAGCCCAUGUUUGUGCAGUUGGUACUAGAGCCGAUAUGGACAGUCUAUCAGGCCACUGUCGGCGGCGACAACGGAAAGGGGGAUCCGGCCCUGCUGGAGAAAAUCACCAAGUCCUUGGGCCUCACAAUACCGCCUCACAUCAUGCGGUCGAGAGAUUCUCGUGUGCUGUUGACGACCGUCUUCUCCCAGUGGCUACCUCUAUCCACGGCCUUGCUGGUCUCUGUCAUCGAGUCGCUCCCGGCGCCCCCGGCGGCCCAGGCCGAACGGCUCCUUGAGAUGGUCGAAGACUCGCCAGGUGGAAUUCACGUCGACAACAACAUCGUCGACGCCAUGGUGUCGUUCAGGGCGUCCAAAUCAGACCCCGUUGUCGCCUACGUCAGCAAAAUGGUAUCGGUACCAGAGAGCGAGCUCCCACAGAACAAGAGGAGGACCGGCCAGCUCAGCCCCGAAGAAGCCAGGGAACUCGCCCGGAAGAAACGCGCCGAGGCGGCUCGCGCCCAGGCGGCUGCUACGGCUGCAGAAGCAGGAACCGGUGGUCGGAGCGGGAGUGGGGUGGACGACGACUUGUCCCAAGCAUUAGAAGAAGUCAGCCUGGACAACUUCACUCCUCAGUUAGAAGAGGAGCAGCAUGAUCCCGAACACCUGAUCGGGUUUGGCCGGAUGUAUUCGGGCUCGCUCUCCGUGGGCGACGAGCUUUACGUUAUCCCCCCGAAAUGGUCGCCCGCCAACCCUCACUCCCCAGAACCCGAGAAGGUCACCAUCACUGCCUUGUACAUGCUGAUGGGUCGAAACCUCGAGGCCCUGGAUACCGUUCCGGCCGGCGUCGUUUUCGGCAUCGGCGGUCUCGAGGGACACAUCCUGAAGUCCGGGACGCUCUGCAGCCAGGUGGAAGGCGCGGUGAACUUGUCGGGUAUCAGCACGCUCGGGAAACCCAUCGUCCGAGUCGCUCUGGAGCCGGUCAACCCCGCGGACCUCGACAAGAUGAUUCGCGGACUGAAAUUGCUCGUCCAGAGCGAUCCCUGCGCCGAGUACGAAACAAUGGAGAGCGGAGAGCACGUCCUCCUCACGGCCGGAGAACUGCAUCUCGAGAGAUGCCUGACCGACCUCCAAGAGCGGUUCGCCCGUUGCGAAAUCCAAGCGGGUGCGCCCAUCGUGCCGUACCGAGAGACGAUUGUGAAGGCGGACGAAAUGCGCCCACCUGCAAACAAGGAGCUCGGCCGGGGCGUGGUCGUCGGCGUGACCUCGUCCAAGCAAGUCUCCGUCCGUAUCCGGGUCAGGCCGUUACCCGAGAAUGCCACAGAGUUCCUCAUCAAGAAUAGCAACUCCCUCAAACGCAUGUAUUCGGACUACCGGACCAACGGCGCCGGCAAUGGGCAUGGAAACGAAAAUGGAAAUGCGCAGCAACAAGAAGGAGGCGUAGAGAAUGUCGAGGCCGAUAUCAACCUCACAGACGCCGCCAAAACCCUGUCCCUAGACGAGUUCAAGCAGCAACUCCAGGCACAACUGGACUCCAACGGGGGCCGGGACAAGGAGACAUGGAAGAACACGAUGGACAAGAUCGUGGCCUUUGGACCUCGGCGAACCGGACCCAACUUGCUGAUCGACGGCACAUCGGAGGGUAUCUUCUCCAAGGUCUUUUCGGCACAGCACGCCAGAAACGGCGGCAGUGCUGCUGCUUCCGCCGCCCCGCAAGCCGACGAGUCUCUCCACCCCGUCCACCUAGCCGACAAGAUCGCCCACGCCUUCCAGCUCGCCACCGCCGAAGGACCGCUCUGCCACGAGCCCGUCCAAGGCAUAGCCGUCACCGUCGAGGACGUGAUCAUCCACGCACCGCCCGAAUCCGACGAUCCCUCGUCGUCGUCGUCGUCCUCUGCCUCCUCGGCGCGGGACAGACUCACCCGCCUCACGGGCGAAGUCAUCAAAACCACCGCGAGCUCCCUCCACGCCGCCCUGCUCGACUGGUCCCCGCGCCUCCUGCUCGCGAUCUACUCGGUCGAGAUCCAAGCCUCCACCGAGGUCCUCGGGCGCGUCUACGACGUGCUCACGCGGCGCCGCGGCCGCGUGCUCUCCGAGGCGAUGAAGGAGGGCACGCCGUUCUUCACCAUCGCGUCGGUUGUCCCCGUGGUGGAGUCGUUCGGGUUCGCGGACGAGAUGCGCAAGCGCACCAGCGGCGCCGCGCAGCCGCAGCUCCUCUUUGCCGGGUUCGAGGUCCUCGAUGAGGAUCCCUUCUGGGUACCCUUCACGGAGGACGAUCUCGAGGACCUGGGCGAGUGGGCGGACAGGGAGAACGUGGCGAAGCGGUAUAUGGAUGGGGUGAGGAAGAGGAAGGGCCUGCUUGUGGAGGGGCGGAAUAUUGCGACGAAUGCGGAGAAGCAGAAGACUUUGAAGAGGUGA